CGCCUGGGUUUUGGGCGCGUCCCCGCUGUGAGCUCUGUGAGGAAGAGCAGAGCGGAGCUGCUUUCGGGAGCGGCGGGACUUCUGACUUCCGACUGAGUUUCUACUGAGGAGGGCUCUGGCCAGGAGACUGAGUGUUAGCCAUGUCGCAGCAGGACAUCGUCACAGCCAGCACACUGGAACUGGUGGCCACAGACAUGACGGACAUCUUGGAGAACCUCGACACGCGUGAGCUGGACAUCGGAGACAGCGAGGACGUGUUUGAAGGACCAGGCGCUAACAGUGCAGGAGCUCGAAUCCCAUUCUCUCUUAUUUACAAGAUGGCGGGAUUUAAAGAACAGGAUGCUGGAGUCUUCCUCAUGUCCUGCCCCAUCACUGCCAAAAUCCUGGAGGUGGAGCGUUUUGCCUGUGCUCAGGACCGCUUCAACAUCACGCACCAGAGGAGUGUGUCCAAGAAACUUCCCGCAGUUUUCAGGAUCGAGAUGAGACACGGGAACUUCAUCUGGACAGUGAAGAGGAAGGAGAAGCACUUCAUGGAGCUGCACAGAGAAUUACGCACCUACAAAACCUUCCUGAAGAUUCCUCUGCCCUCUCGCACUCACACAGAGCGGAGGCAGACGGUCAGACACGCACGGCAGAUGCCGACGUUACCGCGUGGCGGGGGAGACGAACUCGCCCGGGAGGAGCAAGUGUCCAGCCGGAGGCGUCAGCUCGAGGAUUAUUUAAACAAGCUGCUAAAAAUGCCGCUGUACAGAAACUACCAUGCCACAAUGGAGUUCAUUGACGUGAGUCAGCUGUCGUUUAUUCAUGAUUUGGGACCAAAAGGAUUAGAAGGAAUGGUGCAUAAAAGGUCCGGAGGUCACCGGAUUCCUGGACUUAACUGCUGCGGCCACAGUAAAGUGUGUUACCGCUGGUCCAAACGUUGGUUGGUGGUGAAAGAUUCUUUCCUGCUCUACAUGAAGCCCGACUCCGGUGCCAUCUCCUUCGUCCUGCUGGUGGAUAAAGAGUUCUGUGUAAAAAUGGACUCUAAAGACACGGAGACAAAGCAUGGCGUUCGUGUGGACAGUCUGUGCAGGAACCUGGUCCUGAAGUUCUCCAGUUUCCGCCACGCCCGCUGGUGGGGUCAAGCCAUUGAUGACUUCGUGCAUAAAUAUGGCAGCGCCUUCCUCCAGGACCAUCGCUUUGGUUCCUUCGCCAACGUGCAGGAAAACAUCCCGUCCAAAUGGUUUGUGAACGGAAAAACGUACAUGGAGGACGUCGCUAAUGCACUGGAGGAAGCUGAGGAGGAGAUCUUCAUCACAGACUGGUGGCUGAGUCCCGAGAUUUUCCUCAAAAGGCCAGUUGUUGAAGGAAACCGCUGGCGUCUGGACUGCAUCCUGAAACGCAAAGCCCAAAAAGGAGUUCGGGUCUUCGUUAUGCUCUAUAAGGAAGUGGAACUUGCUCUUGGGAUCAACAGUGAAUACAGCAAGAGGACGUUGCAGCAGCUUCACCCCAACAUCAAGGUGAUGCGACAUCCUGACCAUGUCUCCUCCACCGUCUAUCUGUGGGCUCAUCACGAGAAGAUUGUGGUCAUUGACCAAUCAGUGGCCUUUGUGGGCGGGAUUGAUUUGGCGUACGGACGCUGGGACGAUCGAGAACACCGGCUAACUGAUGUAGGGAGCGUGACGAGAACCCUCAACACGUCUGCAGAGAAUGUAGCAGAAGCGUCUCUCUCCAUGGCGUCUCCUUCUAACGGUCUCGCACAAAGUAAAAGUAAAAAUUCCGGCAGGGAUUUGGAAGAGCAGCCCAAACUUCGAGGUUACGGGAAAUCCAGGAGGAGUCGCUUCAGCAUCAGGAAACACCUGCAGAGACAUGGGCUGGCGCACGCCGACAGUGUGAGCAGCACGGAGAGCUCUGAGGAAAACGCAGAAUCACCUCAGAACCUGCAGGCUGAUGUUAUCGGUCUGAUGGGGAACACGCGGUUCUGGCACGGCAAAGAUUACUGUAACUUCGUGCACAAGGACUGGAUCAAGUUGGACAAACCGUUUGAUGAUUUUAUCGACAGACACAUCACUCCCAGAAUGCCGUGGCAUGACAUCGCCUCAGUGGUUCAUGGGAGAGCUGCGAGAGACGUCGCGAGGCACUUUAUUCAACGCUGGAAUUUUACCAAGCUUGUGAAGCCGAAGUACCGUUCUGUGUCGUACCCGUACCUCCUCCCCAAAUCCCACACCACUGCCAACGACAUCAAGCACCAGGUCCCAGGCUGCGUUCACACUAAAGUCCAGGUGUUGCGCUCUGCUUCUGAUUGGUCCGCCGGUAUAAAGUACCAUGAAGAGUCCAUUCACAACGCCUAUGUGCAUGUGAUCGAGAACAGUAAACACUACAUCUACAUCGAGAACCAGUUCUUUAUAAGCUGCGCUGAUAACAAGCUCGUCUACAAUAAGAUCGGAGACGCCAUCGCUCAGAGGAUCCUCAAAGCCUACAGGGAGGGUACGAAGUACCGUGUGUACGUCGUUACUCCUCUCUUACCUGGAUUUGAGGGAGACAUUAACACUGGAGGAGGAAGUGCCAUCCAGGCCAUCAUGCACUUCAACUACAGAACAAUGGUUAGAGGAGAACAUUCCAUCAUGUCCCAGCUGAAGAAAGAGAUGGGAGAUCAGUGGAUGAACUACAUCUCGAUUGGGGGACUGAGGACUCACACUGAACUGGAGGGAAAACUGGUGACGGAGUUAAUUUAUGUCCACAGCAAAAUGCUCAUUGCAGACGACAACACCGUCAUCAUCGGUUCAGCAAACAUUAAUGACCGCAGUAUGUUGGGAAAGCGGGACAGUGAAGUGGCUGUUAUUUAUGAGGACACAGAGACGGAGACGUCUGUUAUGGAUGGACAAGAAUAUCAGGCAGGACGAUUCGGACUGCAACUCCGUCUAGAAUGUUUUAGGACGAUCCUCGGCGCUCACACGGACUCCAGCAUCGAUGUCUCGGACCCCAUCAGUGACUAUUUCUAUAAGGAGGUGUGGUUGACCACUGCAGCUCGCAAUGCCACCAUCUACCAGAAGGUGUUCCGCUGUUUGCCAUCGAGUGAUGUGAGGACGAUCCUGGAGUUGGAAGGAUAUCUGUCCAAGGCCGGUUUGGAUAAAGAGGAUCCUCUGAAAGCUCAGGAGGAACUGAAGAAGAUCCGAGGCUUCCUCGUCCAGUUUCCUCUCUACUUCCUGAGUGAGCAGAACCUUCUCCCACCCAUUGGUUCUAAAGAGGCCAUGGUACCCAUGGAGGUGUGGACCUGAGAGACAGCGCAGGUUUAUCUCAGGAGGGUUCUGAACAUCUGUUCGUGGAUUUAGAGGAGAUUUGUCAAGUCGUGAUGUGACUGUGUCCUGAUUUGUGUUUUCACUCUGUGGGAAUUUUCUUUCUUUUCUAACACUAUGCAACUUGAACCCAUUUGACAGCAAACACAUGCAGAGGAACGUUUUUUUCCCUCCUCAGUAUCUUUACACAUUCCACAAAAUUCCUUUUAAUUUGUUUCUCGUGUCACACAGCAUGCUAUUUUUUUCUCUACAGUUCCGUGGCCUUGAACACGUUAAAUAUAAAGUGCCAAAUGUGAGAACCUUCAUCAGCAAAAUGUUGGAUGGAAGCUUGCUUGGUUUGUGGGCCUUGUAUUUCGCCUUUUUAAAGUAUUUCACUGUAUGGGACGUAAACAUCAGCCAUAUUUACACGGAUACUUUUAUGUGUUUAAUUCUGCUUCCUGAUUGUAUGCACACGGAUGAUUUGAAAGCCAUCAGGACUUUCCUAUGAUGUGUCUCUGGAAGUUCAGAGACAGAAACAGCACGAUUACGGCGUUGUGUCCUAACACUUGAACACAUAAUUAAUUAAUAAAUAAUAAUAAUAAUAAUAAUAAUCAGAGCACAUUUUAAAUAUAGGUGAGUGUAUGUAAUGUUUGAAAUUAUAAAAUUAUUAUUAAAUAUUUAUACACAUUUUACUCAUUGUAACCUUGAAAUUGUCUCAUUCCACUGGCAGAUCUGGAAUUUUUACACAUAUUUAUAGAAUGCCAAUGAAAAAAACAAUUUCAAGGUUAAAAUUAGUAAAAAAUAAAUAAAAUACAAACUUAUUAAGUUUUAUUAUCCCCCACUGGCUGAAAGGCCUGAAGGGGGAUUAUGUCGUGGUGAUGUCCGUCUGUCCGUCCUGGGAAGGGUGCUCACCUUCUGAAAUCAAAUCCUCUCACAAUUUGUAGAGGAAUUUCAUGAAACUUGGCAAAAGGCCUUGUUAUUAUGUCGGUAGUACGCAUAUUGUUGUUAUUUUGUUCAAUUCGGUCGCAUUUUACCAGAGUUGUGACCCUUGAUCAACAACCUUGUACAAGGUAUGCUUGCUUUCUGAAAUCAACUUCCCUCACAAUUUUUAUCCUCUGCUGGUCGAAAGGCCCGAAGGGGGAUUAUGUCGUGGCUAUUUCCGUCCGUCCUUCCUGGGAAGGGUGCUCGCCUUCUGAAAUCAGCUCCUCUCACAAUUUGUGGAAGAAUCUCACGAAACUUGAUAGGAUGCUUUAUUAUAUGUCGCUAAUACGCAUGUUGCAAUUUUGUUCAAUUCAGUCGCAUUUUACCAGAGUUAUGCCCGAGUAGCCAGCGGGGGAUAUUGUGCUCUCAGAGCACUCUUGUAAUAUAUUAUAUAACCUCACGUCGAUUUUUAACCUCAUCUCAUCUCAUUAUCUGUAGCCGCUUUAUCCUGUUCUACAGGGUCGCAGGCAAGCUGGAGCCUAUCCCAGCUAACUACGGGCGAAAGGCGGGGUACACCCUGGACAAGUCGCCAGGUCAUCACAGGGCCGACACAUAGACACAGACAACCAUGCACUUCUUACAUUCCUCCGCCAUUCCACCUGUUGUGCUGAAUACCAGUGGUGUGACUGUACCUUGCUCGAUUUCCAUAACCCUGCUAGCAUACUGGCGUUUCUUUUCCUUCUCGUGUUGUCAGUAGACUUGCUUGGGGCUUAGGUAUCUGUAUGAUUCUGGAUUUGGGUGACACACCCAGACGUCGAAGAAUGCAGAUCUCUGCUUCUCCCAAAACCCGCGAGCAUGGAUGUCUAAUCGAGCAUCAGGGGCUCUGUUUGCGCCCCUUUUCAAGCUUUCUUCCAGUAAUCUCCUGCAGUACCGGUUCUAUUUCAACAUCAUUACACAGCAUUUUUAACAUCUCUACAUAAUUAUUAUUAUUAUUAUUAUUAUCCAUCCAUCCAUUAUCUGUAGCCGCUUAUCCUGUUCUACAGGGUCGCAGGCAAGCUGGAGCCUAUCCCAGCCGACUACGGGCGAAAGGCGGGGUACACCCUGGACAAGUCGCCAGGUUACUGCAGGGCUGACACAUAGACACAGACAACCAUUCACACUCACAUUCACACCUACGGUCAAUUUAGAGUCACCAGUUAACCUAACCUGCAUGUCUUUGGACUGUGGGGGAAACCGGAGCACCCGGAGGAAACCCACGCGGACACGAGGAGAACAUGCAAACUCCGCACAGAAAGGCCCUCGUCGGCCACAGGGGUCGAACCCGGACCUUCUUGCUGUGAGGCGACAGUGCUAACCACUACACCACCGUGCCGCCCCCGAUUUUUAACUUAAUAAUUAAAAUGUGAUUUUAGUGUUCUUGUGACCAAAAAAAAUUAAACUCAUUAUGUAAGCUUCCAAAAUCAUUCAAACUUUCUAAAUGGUGAAGUAAAUUUGUAUUAUUAUUAUUAUUAUUAUUAUUAUUUUACAAACAAACCUUUUAAUAAAUUCAAACAAAGAGCACUCUGGAUUAAGAAUGAAAGGCCAUAAUGAAUGCUGUUUUAUAUCUGUGUGUUCAGACAGUAGCUUGAAUGUUGGUGUACAUGAAGUGGAUGGUGUAAAUCAGGAAUCAAGUCACACCUCAAUGGCAAAAUGUUAAAUAUUUUAUGUUAUUUUAUGUUUUACAGAAUAUUACUUGUCAAAAAAACAGCAACAGCCUUUAAUGAGUAUAUACAUGUAUUAAUGGGAUUAAAACUAUUUUCUUGUGAUUUUCAAA